AUGAUUCACUAUUAAGCGAAAAAGUGCUUUGGAGAGGAUCAAUUUCCUAUAUUUAUAGGAGAUGAUAAAUUUGACUAUAGAUUUAAUUUAGCCUCAUUAGAUUCAAACUUCUUGUCAUUUGUUUUUGCAGGUGAUAAUGGAUAUGACCCAAUAUUUGGUUAAUAUUACUACUAAGCAGGGGAUAAUUUACAGAGAAUAUCUUGGAUGUUUUUAUAUUAAAGCAAAUCUGCAGAUUAUAAUUUAAAUACUGUCCAGGCAAUAUCAUCUAUAUCUUCUGAAGGGUAUUUUUUUGCAAGAACGUUUUUCAAUUCACCUUUAACUUAAGAGACUGGACACAUAUUUCUAAAGAUAAAUAAGUUCAAUGGAGCCAUCAAGAAAACAAGUUAAAUAAAAGCUUAAAGUGAUGAGAUCUCAUUAUUUUAAUCUAUGACUUUGGAUACAGAAUAAAAUAUUUUGACGACAGCCUUUGAUGCAGAAUCUAAUAUUUAAUACUUCAUGAAAAUAGAUAAGGAUCUCAACUAAUCUAUUUGGUUGAUUUGCUUGGCGAUUUGUACAUCUAUACCAUGGCUUACUCUAUUGACUAUAAUAUAUUCGAAGGUUGCAUAUAAUCAACUGGUACAAGUGAUAAGAUUGGCAUAUAUGCCUAAGAUUCAACAAAAAAUGGAGAUGCAGUUGGCUGAUAUUUUUAUUAAGGAUCAACUGGUGGAUUAUCCUAUGAGUUUAGAUGCCUCUUAGCAAUAGACUGAAUAUUUUACCAAGCCAAUUUAUGGAGGAACACAUACACUUAUUGUAAUGAUUAUUGAAUCUGCUGAUCUGUUUCCAAGCACUUAAUCUAUAGGAGUAAAUUGGUACAAAUCAAAAAUCAAUCUAUCAACAAACUUCAAUUUAUACUAUAAGCAAGUCUUAAAGCAACUUGAUAAUAGUCACUUAAUUAUUGGAUAAGCUUAUGUUGAUUAAUCUAAAAAGCCUACCUAUGGAGUAAUUUUUAGAAGUAGUCCUUAAGCUGGUUGUGUUGCUUAUAAUGAUCUGACUAAAAUUAGUUAAUUUGACGCCUCUUCUGUAUAAAUGCAUCGAAUAACUUCUAGUGGAGAGGUAUUAAAUAACAAUGAUGCAUAAUGUUGGCAUGAUAAAAUCUACAAAAGUACAAGUGAAAUUUCAAUCAAGUUAACAGACAUAAGACAUCUUUAGAAAAUGCCUCUUCCAGAUUCGAGUAAUUGCGACAAUAUGAUUGGUAGGCCAACUAUUGAUUAUUCUAAAGAGAAAAAUGACCCCUAUCGAGGAGGACUUUGCAUGAUAGGUUAUCCAUGCAAGAUAGAAAUAGGGAAAUAAACUGAAUCUAUACUUUACUCAAUUGUGCAAUGCUCAGAUGUAACAUCAUUAAAAUUUACAAUGUCCGAUUAAGCCUAAGAUUUGUAGCAAUUUACAAAAAAAAUUACUAUCUUCCUUGACGAAGACAUUUCUUUUCUUUUCAACCUCUAUUAAACAUCUGAUUUUGUUUCUGGCAAGAUACAACUAGGUUAUCAUUUAAUUACUCUGAGAGUUGAAUUAAAUUUCUAAGGCAACUAAUUUCUUUAUACAUACUGA